AAAAAACAAAAAACUGGGUUUGUCUGAUUGUCUCAACAAAUCACAAUGUCAAUGUGUAAACAUAGUUGCUUAAUACUGCCUAACACUUAUACAAUGUCAUUUAUCAAUGUCAACGAUAAUAAAUAAUUGCUAACAUUAAAUAUAUUUGUUUUAAUAAUACAUUAUUACUAGCUUAAAUAUUCAUCAAUGUGAAAGAAAAUGAUAAAUUCAGGGCGCUUUCCAUUUGAACAAAAAACCCAGAUUGCGUUUCCGGAAUGUCCAGUGGCAAAAUGGAACGCUACAACGUGACAGGCCUUGUAAAUAAUGGGAGGCUUGUUGGGCGCUUUCCAUUUUGCUUGAAAAUCAAAUGGAACACGUUAAUUCUGGAAUGCUGUUUCUUUAUUUUGAAGAAUUUUUGACACUGCCGCUCAAAUCUCUUCUUUCAGCAUUCGGCAAAAUAAAUCCAGGCUCGAGUCGAGAACCUGCCAUUUUGGUUUUGGUGGUGGUUUCUGUUCGUCGAAUACUGGAAAGCAGCAACGUGGCUGGGAAAUGUUUUAAUGGAAUAUAAAAAUUUCAAAAUAUCCCGAAUUUCCAUUUUGUGGACAACCUCGAGAGAUUGAAUUCUCGAAACAGAAUUCCAGAAAUUAUCGUGUUCUAUUUGAUUUUCAAGCAAGAUUUCCGGAAUUUCCGUCAAAUGGAAAGCGUCCUCAGUAAACUUUCAAUUCCUCAGUAUCAAUGAAGUAUUAACACAUAGUUUAACAAACCAAUCAAUAUCGAUUUUGUAUGCUAAAGGAUAUCCCUCCCAUUAUUCACGUCUAGUGUCCUCACACAUCACACCAUCUCGAGGAGUACUUGUUAGUCUUGCUUUCACCCUAUUAGUCUGACCAGGCAAUAACCUGAACUGAAACUUCUGCAGUAAUUUUGCAAGGAUAACUUUUGAUUCAAACUUGGAAAAUGUCUGUCCAAUGCAAUUACGUGGGCCAAUGGAAAAGGGGAAAUGAGUCAUGCUAAAAUUUGGAAUGUUUUUGGUUUCAAAGAAUCUUUCUGGGUCAAAAACGUCUGGAUUCUCCCAAAUUUCAGGAUUCAUUGAAAAAAAUAUCUGUAGACUGUCAAUUCCAUUUCCUUUUGGAAUAUGAUAUCCUCCAACUGUAAUAUCUUUUGCUAGCACUCUAGAAGGUGCUGGUGCUACAGGAUAUUUUCUCAAAGAUUCCUCCAAAACUUGACCAAGAUACUUCAGUUUUGCCAAAUCAUCAAACUCCACAUAAUCACGACCGCGAAGCACUUCGGUAACCUCGUUUAAAAGUUUUGCUUCAACAUGGGGAUUUCGAAUGACUUCAUACAAGGUAAAUGACAAUGAAUUUGCAGUUGUCUCUUGUCCGGCAAGGAAUAUGGUCACAAACUCAUCAAUGAUGUCAUCCAAUGUCAAACUGCCAUCUUUAAUCAAGAGACUCAAUAAGUCAUCAGGGACGGCUUUAUUGUCAGCAAUGUCCUUCAUCCGAGUGGUGGUACAAUCAGAGGCAAAUUUCCUGAGAAAUCGUGCUGCAUCAAUUUGCUCUCUUUUGAUAGCAUUCUGAAACAGCUUGAACUGGAAUAUUCCCAGGAGGGUGGGGUGGAGUGGAAUAUCAAUGUUGUCCUGCACCCCGCACAGAUAGUGCCGUAUUGCUCCUGGAAAUGGGGAAUUGGGAUCUUCAAUAGCAUGGGUAUUAAUAUUAAAGGAAACUUGACUCAUAGCUUCCAAAGUGACUUUUGUAAAUUCCUGCAGCAUACUGGUCGGCUCACCACAAUCAACAACUCUAUCCAGGUGAGUCAUAAAGAUGUCACAAACAUUAUUAAAAUUAUCCAUGAAGUCUUUCAGACACUUACGGUGAAAAGCUGGGUUCAUAACUUGCCGUCGUUUGCGCCACGAUGCUUCAUUUGUAUUCGAUACCAGUCCAUAACCAGCUCCCCUCUCACCAUAAACAAAACCAAAUUUAGGAUAGAAAAAUGAACUUUUAAACAGGCUGGCAUGAUUAUUUAUGUAAACAUGUCGCAAAUAGGUAGCGUCUCCCAGAAAUACAAUAGGCUUGUGAAUAAAAAAUAAUAUAAAUAUUGGCCCGUAUUCGAGUCGUUUUUCCAGUAGAAACUCGCUCGUCGUCCUACCAGUUUCAGCUUUGUAUUUCCACAUGUCUGGGAGGUGACCCAAUAUGAAACUCGAACGAGGUGGUCCUGGUAAAUGAUCGUUGAUUUUGUGGACAUAAUACAAAUAUGCCACAAAAAAGAAAACACAGCCAAAACAUCCAAGCAAAAUUGUGGGGAGGAUGUAUGAAAUUAAACAUAGAACCAUAGAUAGAACUGUGACAGCCAUUGUAAACAUCAUUGUGUGCCUAUAGAGUUCAGUGGCUGGUAAAAUGUAAUUGUUCGGAGAAAUUUCAUAAAUCACGCUCGGGUGUGCUGUGUCAAAAUUCAGCGCUCCUCAUUGGUCGAGAGACCUAAUUUGGUCAUGUGACUUGGUUUUUGGAAGGCUUUUGAACAGAAAGGACAAGGCAACAAGCAUGGCGAACGUGUAUCCGGCCGGCAAGAAAAGAGUUUGUUAUUAUUACGACGGUACGUGCUUAUUUCCACAUAAUUUUUCUCAUGCAGCAAGGUUUCAUGGCGAAAUUUACUCUGUGAAAUUUUCGUGCUGUUUGGUAGCGCUUUAGUGGUGUUAGGUUUUCACUUUCCCCCCGUGACAUUAGAUAAUAGAUUUGCCAUGUAAAUUUUUGGCUCUAUAGGUGAUGUAGGCAACUAUUAUUACGGCCAGGGACAUCCUAUGAAACCUCAUCGUAUCCGAAUGACUCAUAAUUUAUUGCUGAACUAUGGAUUGUACAGGAAAAUGGAAAUUUAUGUAAGUUUAUAAUAAUGUGUAUUUUCAAUUUUUUGAAAGAUAAUGUACUGUUUCUGAGGGUUCCUAUGGUUUUGGUCAGUUUCAGUAUAAAGUGUCACUGGGUAUAAAUAUGGUGGAUGGCUGUCAACAUUAACACUUAGGCACCAUUUACGCAAGCCCGUGUUGGCUCUCAACCUGAGUUGUCUGCCUGUCUGAUAAUAAAUUUCUAUUAGCAUUUACCUGAUAAGUAACCCAUUUAACCAAUCUACGUAACCUGUAUCAAGACGCAUGUUGACCCUGGUUAGUGGGAUGUGAAUAGGAAUGUUCGGUAUGAGAAAUUUCCGGUAUCGGUAUACCGAAAAAAUUAUACUGAUAUUAUCAGUAUACCGGUUUUCCUUUGGUAAUUAUAAAGGAAAAUUCUUUAAUGGAAAUUUUAAGGAAAUGUGAGUAAUUCUAAAAGGGAAAACGAUAAUUUCGAAGCCGUUUCGAACAUGUUUCGAACGACACAUACCCAGUGUAAAAUCUCACUGAAGUGGAAAUUCUAAAUCAUUGCAGUAGAAAGUUCUUUGAAUUGCCAUUCAGUAGUAAAAUAAAGAUUAUGGUUUCGCCAUAUAGUUGGUAAAUUUAACACGAUAAACCAAAAAAUUCCGGUAUAUUGGAAAUUUCGGUAUAUCGGUAAUUUCGGUAUAUCGGUAUGGUUGAAUAUCCGGUAUCGAUAUACCGAUAAUGAUUUAAUACCGAUAUUUUCGGUAUAUCGGUAUACCGAACAGUCCUAGAUGUGAAGCCAGGUAAAUUCAGCUUUUUUCUUCAUGUAAAUCUGGGUUGGUUUGACCUGGCUCAUGUAAAGCUAGGGUUGCAUUUGCAAUUUUUGCAACACAUGCAAUGAUUUUCUUGUCUAGUACCGGUAAGACAAGUGCAAAGCCAGAGCUAAGUUCACAAUUUCUUGACAGAAUUUAGCACCCUUAAUUUUAGACACGAGUUUAAAAGUUUAAUUACUGUGAAGCGUGGUCUGAAUAUACCUGCCUAAAGAUCCUUACAUGUGUUUAAAAGUGUAUGAAUAUGUAGUUCUUCUGUGACUUUAUUAACCAAAAACGUUUUAGAAAUUCACUGAUUUUGCCAUGUGCAGACAGUUGUGUGUAACCUUAAAGAUCUUUUACUACUCCAUUGGAUUAGUCACCCCCAAAGCGUUUUUCACUAGCCAGUCCUUGUCAAGUAAGGCGAUUUUCAUUGGUGAAAAAAUAUUGCAUAUGUAACCUUGGCUUAAAGGUCAUGUAAAGUCUGUACUGGCGGUACUGCGCAUAUGUUCUGCGCAGGCCUACAUUCCAAUGGUCGGGACCCGACCAUUGGAAUGUUGUUAAUAUUUCCCACCUUCCGAACUUUCUUGAAUUGAAUCUCUAAUCUGUAUUAAUUUACAAGCAUAGCGAACCAGAAGAGUGUUAAAAAUUCAGUAUAAUAUAUAUCUGAUCAUAAAGUUUGUUUACAUUACGGACUUUACAUCACUUUUAAAGGAUAUAUAAGGGUCAAAUAUAUAUUUCUGCCAAAAAGACAUAUUACAUCUGGCAGGCAGGCAGGGAGGGGGGGGGGGGAGUUGUGGGCAUGAAGUCUUUUUCCUGAAAUAUAUGUUUGAAAACACUGAGUUUAAAACUAAUGUUGAAAACUCUGAAUCUCACAAAUCCUUCAAAACAAAUCCUUCAAUAAACUUGACAGCAACAUUUGUACCGAUACCAAUUUUAUAAUGAUGUCAUAAUGUCAUUAUCUAUUUGGGCAUGCAUGAAGUAUCAAGCUGAACCAAAUUUGGGGUCUCAAUCCUCACCUGGAAAGGCACUUGAUUGAGUGUGUGGUCCUCAGAAUGUGUGUGCACACACCUUUUGUUUAGUAUCUUUUUUCAUGACAAAGAAGCUAUUUUAGUGCUAGCACUCUUUCCUUGACAUUGGUAAAAUAGUAAAGGGGGGUAAAAUAGUAAAGUACAUGUAUGUAAAAAUCUCACAACUUGUCAACAAGAUGUGUUUGCAACAAGAUUGUGGGACGUUUGGCAAGUUGUAACAACUGUUAUUUUAUCAAGUGGCUGCAAGGUUGUUAACAUUCAACAACUUGUUAACAAAUUGUGAGUGAUCACAAUUUGUUAACAAGUUGUUGAAUUGCAGGGCAAUAACAAGUUGUUGGAACAACUGUUGAGCUCAACAAGCCAUUCACAUUAGCAAGUUGCUGGAACAGUAUUGCUGCAAGUCUGCUGCAUGCUUGUUACAACUUGUGCAUUUUUACACCUGUAGGGUGCAUUAGGGCACAAUGCAACUUAAUGGGUUGACUACAAAUCAGUUGUUGCUACAAAUCUCAGUCCUUAAAAGGGGGGGGGGAGGUUCUGACUUUUCCAGAAGGGAAUUUCAAUGCUUUCAUUAUGAAUUUGUAUAUUUUGUAGAGACCUCAUAAAGCGAAUCUUGAAGAAAUGACAAAAUAUCAUUCUGAUGAUUAUGUGAAGUUUUUAAAGACAAUCCGACCAGAUAACAUGACUGAAUAUACAAAACAGAUGCAGAGAUGUGAGUAAUUGUUUAACGCAUUGAGUGGCAGCACUCUCCCAUUGACAAGUAAAAUCAUCUGGCAUUAGACAAGUAAAAUCAUCUGGCAUUAGACAGAGUAAAAUAAAUAAGUUGGGUGUCUCAGAGAACAUUGCCACUUAAAAUUAAGCAGUGGCAGACACUUCACAACAUAUUAGGAGGGGGGGGGGGGAUUUUAACAUGUUUGCCAAAGGAGUUUCGGUGUCUGUUUAAAACUAUAAGUUCUGCGAAUUUGUCAAAACAUGGAUCACUUGAUGAAAUGAAUAAAGAGUCAUGAGUUGUGACUGAGAUAAUCACUUAUUCAUGUUGAUUAGCAUUAUUGUUUAAAUUAAUGCAUAGUUGUAACUAUCAAUUCUGGUUAUUUAAAAUAUAAAUUAUCAGUACUUAGAGCUGUAAGAAUCCUACACAGAAGAAAACAGAUUGUAUAAAAUGUGUGUCAUUAUAGACAGUGGCAUAGCCAGCCCGACAAUUUAGUCCCGCUAUGCAAAUUCAAAAUUAUUAUCAUUAUUCAUUUCUUUAGAAAUUGAUUGUUUUCACAGUCAAUGAACACGAAAAUAUUUGCAUAGCGGGACUAAAUAGUCGGGCUGGCUUCGCUACUGAUUAUAGAAUCAUUAUAUAUUGCUUACUAUAUUCCUAACUUUAGCUUAAUAAGUUUUAUUUAAUAGUCAUUAUUUGAUAUGACAUUACAUAAUAUGGGCAAUAAUGGGUGUGAUUGCAUGUUUGCCAUUUGCUCGUAAACAAUGAUUGUGAAUUGUGAUAUUCUGGGAUUUUUUAAAAAUCAAAAUUGAGUAGGUUAGAGGCUUAAAUUCAGGGGCGAAACUUGAAGGGUAUGGGGGAGUGUGACACCCCUCCAAAAUACAAAUCAUCUGGAUUGGCAGGGCGAAUCAUCUGGAUUGGCAGGGCAAUCAAAGAUUUUAAGUGAUAGAAUGUAGAGUUAUUAAGUAACUUACAGGGCUUUCAGAGGGAAUUGAAUAGAAUUUAUAGACAUAAAUUUUACAAAUAUUGGUCCAAAAAUAAGGGUUUCGCCCAUGUUUUAACAGGAAUUUGUACGGAGAAAAUUUUUUGACCGUUAAUUUAACUGGUUUAUGUCCUGAAAAAUUUUUCGACCCCUUUUUUAAAUUAAUGUCCGGAAAAUUUUUUUUACAAACCUCCCUCCCGCUCUCCAACAUUUUUUGGAAAAAUAGUGGCCAGAAAUCAAAAUUUGCUGCAGGGCAAUUCUGCCUGACACCCCCCGAAUUAAAGUUUGCCCCUGCCUAAAUUACAUGCCAGUUUCUUGCACCAUAACAUAGCUAUGGAAAGAACCACAUCUAGCUUGUCCUAAAGCAAUCAUCAAGAAAUCAAUCAUGUCAUAAACAUGCAUGGUGCCGUCUUACCUCCAUAGAAAGAUGGCUUCUAGAGAAAGAUAAGCAGAUUAUCUGAAGAUAACGUUCCAGUUAUAUUCAUUUCAAUGGUUCCAUAUUAUUCGAUAUAUUUUUGUAGUUAAUGUUGGUGAAGAUUGUCCAGUUUUUGAUGGUUUAUUUGAAUUUUGUCAACUCUCAACUGGUGGAUCUAUUGGUAAGGUUCUUGUUAAAUUUCCUGGGGCCUGUUAUACGAUAGCUGGAUAACGCUAUCCAUCAGAUAGUUGUUUUUUCAAGCUUUCUAAAAUUGUCUGUUGAUUGAUAUAACCUGGAUUAAUAUUUAUAAACCAAAGUUUCUUUUUAUUAAUUAUGAGGUCUAUAUCCGUAGUUUUCUAUCAUUUUAAGGUGGCUCAAUGUAGUCUUUUAAAAUUGGAAAAAAAAUUGCGAUUUAGAUGUGUAUUUUUGGACAAGUAUCACCUGUUGAAAAACAAAAAGUAUCUAAAGAAUGUAAGAGUGUCUAGUAUAAUAAAAGUAUCUAAAGAACGUAAAACAAGAUCUAAAGAAUUUGAAUUUUUGGUAACAAUGACGUUUCAGUAUGGCGGAUAUUUUGGCUUUAAUUAAAGUAAUUUUCCUCAAAAACGAAGAUCUAAUAUAAAAUUGAAUAUAAAAUUUAUUAGUAUUUAAAAUAUCUUGUCUUGUCUUAAAGAUUUUUUAAACCCUCUUCUUGUGCCUUGUGGGCUCUAUAUCAGUAAUUUUACAGCUUUGCAGCAAUUUUUACAAAGGUUGAAAAAGUUACUAUAUCCACUGGGUAGCGCUAUCCAGUCUUCAUACAGCCAUCCCCAGAAUACUUUGUUGACAAUUUUAAUUAACUAUUUUUACCAACUUUGUAGCUGGAGCAGUCAAACUGAACAAACAACAGACAGAUAUUGCCAUCAAUUGGGCAGGUGGACUACAUCAUGCAAAAAAAUCUGAAGCUUCAGGAUUUUGUUAUGUCAAUGACAUUGUUUUAGCUAUCCUGGAAUUGCUGAGGUAAUUUAUUGUGUCCUAAUUGAGUCCUCGUUCGAACUCAAAUUUAUAGGAAUGUUUAGAUCCUAACCAGGAGCAGGCCCUCUUGCUGGACUCGAACCUGUGGCCCUGUGGUUCCAGUGCAGCACUCUGACCAACUGAGCUGCAGAAUCCAGUUGCUGAGUAGUAAUUAACCACAAAUGCACCAGACGAUUUUACAAUAAUUAACCCAUUGAGCAUCAGCGUGAAACCCUUGAUGACUGGCGUUAGAAAGAGUUAGAACAAUAAUGAUUUUGUUGGCAUCUCACUUGAAGGGUCUUGUACUGUAGAUGGAAAUUAUCUAGUUGCGUAUAGGUCCCUGGCAGGAAUUCGAUUCGCAGGGUUGCAAGUUCGAUUCCUGGUUAGGUCUAAUAAAUGUAUAUAAAUUUCCACUCGAUGAUUUCCAUCUAAAGUAUUAAUAAUAGGCUGGGGCGGUUUCUUGGUAAACCGAUAAAUAUUGUGGGUUUUUUCAAAACUGGUUUUGCGGAUUGGAAAACCGACCGAAGAAUCGUAUAUCGCCAUUCAUUCACACGAUAUGAGAGACCUACAGUAUACACGCGACUGAAAAGCGACGAGGCUUGAUCGGAAUGCGUAUAGCCUGUAGCCAAUUUUCUUUUCGUUUCCCAAGAAACUUUUCGUUUCCCAAGAAACUUUUCGUUUCUUGGUGUUUGCUGAUCCAACCAUUAAAAAGUAAAGAAUUUCCAGUCAACCUCGAAUAUCAAUUAAAAAAUAAAUAUCCACCCCUGGCUAAAAAAACUUUACAAAAUGAUGCUAUUCAGUGCCAACACAUGUCCUUUACCACUUCUGUAGUCACUGUGUAUAAUGUUGUACUUUCUUUGGAGACACCAUUCGCCUCCUGACAAAUCGGAAAAUGAUCAACUACAAGAUAGUGACUCUGAUUACCUUAUUAUAGGAAAUUAACGAUGCACUUUAUUAACACGGAUUUUAAAAAUUCGCGUUAAUUUAAUUAAUGUUAAUUUAUGUGAUCGUUAAUUUUAAGUAUGUAAUUUUCAUUUAUCGUUAGUUAAAAAUACCUAGAUUUGUUUUAUAUAUAACACCAACUCUUUUAAUAUCAAAAUACAGCAUAUUAACGUAAACUAAAAACAUCAGUGCUCCUCUUAACAUUAAACCUUUGUUGUUGUUGUGUCUAUAUUUUCCGAUUCGCGUUGUCAACCAUGGAGAUCAGAUUCACGUUAAUUAGACGGCCGGCCAAGCCAUCAAUUUGUACAACUGGAUGGCAACUUUAUGUUAGAAGCUGGUAACAGGCAUUUUCUUAUAGUUCAAGCCUUGGUGAACAAGACUAUAUAUGUGUUACCACUUCUGAUUUUUGCUUUAUAGUAAAAAAUUUGAGAAUUUUUAAAUUUUGCCUAUUAAAUUACUAUGAUCGGAAAAAAUGUAAAAUUUCAUGUUCUCUUAUACGAAAAAUAAACUAUACCACUAGAAAGAGCGUAAAAAACUAUAUAUAAGACAAUUAAGUGAGUUCUACGUUUUUCAAUCCUAUUUCAAUCCUAUUUUUAAUGUUAAAAAAUGCAGAAAUGACCAAAUUAAUGCUAAUUAGUACCCAUUUUGCCAACUUUAACCAUCUUUAAUUCAAAAUCGGCUUGAAAAUCGCACUAGUUGCUUAAUUAUCCUAUAUAUAGUUUUUUGCGGUCUUUCUAGUGGUAUAGUUUAUUUUUUGUAUAAGAGAACAUGAGAUUUUACAUUUUUUGCCAUCAUAGUAAUUUAAUAGGCAAAAUUUUAAAAUUCUCAAUUUUUUGGCUAUAAAGCAAAAAUCAGAAGUGGUAACACACACAGUCUUAUUCACCAAGGCUUGAACUAUAAGAUAAUGCCUGUUACCAGCUUCUAACAUAAAGUUGCCAUCAAACUCUCUUUAGAGGCACUUUUUGCCACCUUGGCCGGCCGACUAAAUAUAAUCAUGCUUUAAAAGACCUAGAAGCAAUCCGCGUUAAUUUGAUGUCGCGUUAAUUUAUGUCGCGUUAAUAAAGCGCAUCGUUAAUUUCCUAUAAUAAGGUACUUUAUAUAUGACUGUUCACAUUGCUUUUUAGCCUUCAAUAUUUGAGUGAGUCAUGCUUUUUAAAUACAAUACCCAUGCAAUACCUUUGGACAAUACAUUUUUAUUACCCAACCCUUGAGUUGUUUUGUUUUCAUUCACCCAAAGUUUUACUCAUUCAAAAUCUUGUUUACCCAUCCCUUUUCUCUUCGGUGCCCCCCCCCCCCGUUUUUGCGUCUUUUCGGGGACGUUCAACAAUGACGUAAUCAAAGGGUUUUCAAGCGGUUAUCGGUUUCGGUUUUUUUCGAAAACCGCCCAAGCCUAAGUAGUAAAGUAGGGCGCAAUGCAAGUUAAUGGUGUAAGCAGAAUUGAUAGAACUUCACAAGUGCCUACUUCAGGUUCGUGGUCUUUGUGUUUAUUUCCGUUAUUGGAGCUGAAAAGACGAACAAGGCUUUGAUUGCAAAAUGCUAGAGCGCCCAGCAUUGAUAAGGAAGCAUUCAGUGUAGUUAUUGUUAAACUGUGUCAAGUUUUGGGAAAGUACUUUGUACAGUCGUACUCUCUGAAUUUCUCUGUGCCUGACAUUGUAUAGCAUUGCAAGAAUUACUGCCUCAGAGUUUUACAAAACUACACACGUAAAAAUUUCGCAGCUUGUCAACAAGAUGUUUUCGCACUGCUUGUUCGUUUGGAACAAGCAGUUACCAUCCUGCAACAAGGUUGUUGAGGCCAACAGACUUGCAACAAGUUGUUCCAAUAAGUCUGAUGACAUAACAAAUUGACGGGAACAAGCUCAUAGCUAGUCUGUUGCCGUCGUCAACCUUGUAAAAAGGUGAUAACAACCUGUUCCAGACUUGCGUUGCGAACACAUCUGAUAUUAUUCACAACGUUUUUUUGUUGCGCACAACGUUUUUUGUUUCUCCCCAAGGUAUCACCAGCGUGUGUUGUAUGUAGAUAUUGAUAUUCAUCAUGGCGACGGAGUUGAAGAAGCAUUUUACACAACAGAUCGUGUGAUGACUGUCUCAUUUCAUAAAUAUGGAGAAUACUUCCCUGGAACAGGAGACAUUCGUGUAUGUGGAAAGUUUAUAUCUUGAGAGCCUCGUACUAAAAAUGAUUUUUAUGCAUUGAUUGCAUUCCGGAUGGAGGGUUUAAUGCCUGGUUGGGGUUCCUUUGCAGGGAUGGAUCCGGCAUGAUCUGGUAGGGGUGGUGGGUUCUCUGCCAGCUCUGGUGCCAAGUUGUGUCGGUCAUGUGCGCCGCACGCCCAUCAACUUGCUGUAUUUGAAUUGUAAUUGUUGUUCACAGUUCGCUUAUCAUCGUGCAUGUUAGUACUCAAAUUACUCUUUAUCAUGAAAAAAGCGCCCCCUCCCCCUGCACCCCCACUGGCCAGAGCUACUAGUGCGCAACCCCCAGUAAAUCCAUCCCUGUUCCUUUGUUUUUAUAGUUUGUUUAGUUGUCACCAACCCACCUCAACAUUUCUCAAUGUGUACACCUAUCUCAAGUGACUUUUAUUAUUUCUUCAGGAUAUCGGGGCUGGUAAAGGCAAAUAUUACGCUGUUAACUUUCCUUUACGAGAUGGCAUUGAUGACGAAUCUUAUGAACAGAUUUUUAAACCUGUAAGUGUUCUCUAUACCUGUUUUAUUAACCUCAUAAGCCGUUAUGAUUAUGACCUCCUAAAUCCAAGGUGCGAUAAUUAAUGAUUUGUAGUUGCAGACCUUAAAAUAUCGUUUUCAGGGCCGUCUGACUUGGGUCGGACAUACUGUAUGAUGUCCGAUGACCUUCAGUUCAGAUUGGCUCGAAAAUAAGUCUGGAUGACACAAUUAAUAUCAGCAUAAUGUAUUAAUUCUGAACGGUAAAUAUUGUGAAAAUAUAAAUAAUUUGCGUCGUUCAUACUUAUUUUCAAGCCAAAAUUAACUUGCAUGCCAAUAACACCAGUAAGACGUCGUCAACGUAAGCAAUAAGCCCGUUUUUCACUUCACCAUUUCUUCUUCGAACUGAACAUGCGUAGAAUGUACAUGCUGGUGUGUACUGCAUAAUUAACGAGGAAAACUGCUAAAUUGUUUCAAGAUAUUGUCCGCAAAGGUAUUGAUUUGUUGGUAGAAUUUCGUGAUGAAGAGAAGAUUAAAGGCCUAAGAAAAAUAUUAGAUGACUCGAGCAUAAUUAAGAACUAUUUAAACUUAUAUUACGAAAGUCACCGAACUGUGGAAUCGCAUCAAAAAUUCGUAUAUCGACCACUCCCACAAACGUCUACGACCGCGCGGAAAGUUCUUGAUUGCGCCCACAAUGUUAUGCAAUGAAUGUUCAGCGACCUGACCGUUUUCCUGUGCAAUUUACGGUCGUGGCUGUCUUUACUCGCUACCAUUUAUAUCCACUAUAUAUAUUAAAGCCAUUCAGUUGGUGUAUUGUACAUGCUGGUCUAAAUACAAUGACGAGUUAUGUUCGAUAUAGUGGUAGAGCAAUUUGUUUCUUAGAGUGGACUUUGAGUUCAAUGCCAUACUCUUAGUCUUAGUGUGAAACAGAUAUUAUCACAUUGACAAUUUCGACAUGCAUACACGUAUACUAGAGACGCUCAUGCAUACGCGUACUAGAGAAUGCUGGACAACGUCUUAAUGUUAUCCCACCUAACUGGAACCAUAUGAUUAGGCCCUAACACGAUUGAAUGAAUGAGAUAUCUGUUAGGCGAAUGGUGCGUCAUGGCAGAUUGUAUGUCUGGCUCUAGUACAAGUCGGACCAUUUUCAAUAAGCGAAAUUUCACUGCACAUAUUCCUCUAUUUCAGAUAAUUACCAAAGUGAUGGAAAUUUAUCAACCCAAUGCUGUUGUCCUGCAAUGUGGCGCAGAUUCCUUGGCUGGUGACAGGCUCGGAUGUUUUAACCUCUCGUUAAAAGGUAUUGUUUUUAGUUAGAUGUUCAUUAUACUAAGGACGUGGGGCUAAUAAUUUCUAAAGCCUUUGAAAGAUAGUUGAUAAACUGAAAAACUAAGACGAGACAAUGGUCUUUCAACGAUGAUGACCUGUUGGAUUUCAUUGUGUAUAACGAUGCGCCGGAUACUGUUUUGCGGAUACCGGAUAGUACCUCUCCACAGAGGUGGGAAAAGCACCGAAACCUGAGAAUUUAGUCCCGGAAAUUUUAUGGAGGAUCUACAUUUUUGCAGAAAUUUUCACAGACAUUUUUUAUGUUUGAUAGCUAAUUCUGAGAAUUACACUACUAAUUGAAUAUCUACAUUACUAAAUACCGGAUUACCGAAAUGAUUGAAACCCUAACUCACUCACUCAAUACCUACUAUAAACUCACCCAAAUACCCGAUACAUACUAACUGAACCAAUUACAGCGGAACAGUUAGGAACGAAAAUAUUCAUAUAACCUGCAGUAGGAAAUUUGUUUUUAAAUUUUUAAUCCUGCAAGAAUGUAACUAUUAUCACUAUUUCAGGAUUUAUCAUAUAUGCCUUAUCAGUCUUAAACACAUAUUGCUUCACACGACAGGCACAUCGUUUUGGGGAUUUUGCGGCAUCGUUUUGGGAAUUUUGCCAAUGGGAAUUUUGCGUUGUGUGGGCAAGGCGUAUUUCGUUUCUUGAUGUAUUGUCGACAGUCCCUCCUUUCUCCCGAGGGACUGCUGGCGGUCUAAGUUACUGUUGUUCUAGUUUACAGAAGCAUAAAAUAGAACAUAGGUAACUAAGCAUUACCUAUUUAAAAAAUAAGCAUAGAUGCCUGUGGCAAAAGCGCCUUUCAUUUACGAAACAUUGACCACUCGUUACAACUAGUAUUUAUCUAUUAGGUCACGCACAAUGUGUUGCGUUCGUGAAGAAGUUCAAUAUUCCGCUGUUAAUGCUUGGUGGUGGGGGAUACACAAUACGUAAUGUUGCCAGAUGUUGGACAUACGAAACUUCUGUUGCAUUAGAUCUCGAUAUUGCUAAUGGUAAGACUUGCUGAUGGUAGUGGUGGUGAUGAUGAUGGUGAUGAUGACGAUGAUGGUAGUGAUGAUGACGAUGAUGUUAGUGAUGAUAUGAUUGUGAUAGUGAUGAUGAGAGUGAUUAUGAUGAUAGUGAUAGUGAUAGUAAUGAUGAUAGUGAUUAUGAUGAUGGUAGUGAUGUUGAUGGUGAUAGUGAUGAUGGUGAUAGUGAUGAUGAUGAUGGUAGUGAUGAUGAUAGUAGUGAUGAUGAUGAUUAUGAUAGUGUGAUGAUAAUGAUGGUGAUAGUGAUGAUGAUAGUGAUGUUAGUGAAUGAUGAAGAUGAUGUUAUGAUAGUGAAGGUGUUGGUAAUGAUUGCAUAAUGUUGGUUUUGUUAGUCGUGGUGAUUAUGGAAGUGGUGAUGAUGAUAAUUUAAUAAAUAAUUAUGUCAAAUAUGUGAGCAAUAACGAACAUAUAUAUAAUAUUCUCUAUAGAACUACCGUACAAUGACUAUUUUGAAUAUUUUGGCCCGGAUUUCAAGCUUCAUAUCAGUCCAUCCAACAUGCCAAACUCGAACCAGCAGGAUUACUUGGAGAGAACUAAGUAAGUUUUCGUACCUAUUGUAAACACCCACUGUUUAGUCAGAAUAUAUGACCCAAAUUAAAUUGCGGUUCCUUUGCCAGCUGAUAGUUUCAGCAGAUACAAAAUUAAAGUUAUUCCGAAAAAUCAAGUCUCAUCGAUUUUUAUCAAUUCUAUAUAAUCCAGUCAGAGUUAAAGUGCGAGUAACUUCAAAUGGAUCUUUUUGUAUGUGUAAUAUUAGGGUCUCCAACAACACCAGAAAUCAGUUCUUCAGGUCAAAAUACCCUGUUAGAGUGCUUUGCAGUUUGCACGUGUUUCAGACUGCAAGGAAACCUAAUAUAAUAUAAUUUAAUAAGUGCUGCACACGUGCAGUAAAACCCGAUAAAUAUGAAAAAAAAAAUAAAAAAAUACUUGUGCUAUGUCUCCCAAUAUAUUUCAAGAUUGCAUAAUCAUAACCUGGAAAGUUCUGUUAGUAAUCUGUAAUUGAUUACUAUGAUCCUACCAUUAGAUCAUUUGUGUGGCUCCAACAUGAAAAGCUUACUAUUUUUUUAUUUCAAGUUAACUUCUUUCUUCUAGAAACACUAAUUGCUAUAACCAAUACUGAAGCUUUUCAAUGGUUAUCAGGAUGCACCCUUCACGCCAUGUCACCACUACAUCUAGUCAUCCCGCGCCCAUUUUUGAGAGCCCUGCCCUCUUGUUAUCGUUUCAGUUCUACACCACUGGAAGAAAUAUAAUAUAUCUUUAUUGUGAAAACCCUCGCCCUGAUCAACUUUUUCACUGUCAAAAGUUUGCGGAUAUGAUGUCAUUAGAUGAAUAACAAAGUACUUUUCCUUUGUUUUUUUUUUCUCAAAAAAUCAUCUAUCCAGAAACUUUGACAGUGAAAAAGUUGAUCAAGAUGAGGUUUUGACAGUGAAAAAGUUGAUCAAGAUGAGGUUUUUGCUAUAUAUAGGAUAUUAGACGGUUGCGAGGAGAUAUGGAUUUUAUGUUCGAGGGGCAAAAACAAUAUCUCACGAGUGAGCGCAGCGAACGAGUGAGAUAUUGUUUUUGACACGAGAACAUAAAUCCAUAUCUUCUCGCAACCGUUUAAUGUUCUGUUUAUUAUAUGGACUUAUUCAGAGUGACAAAAAUACACACAAAGACGACAUGUAAAUAAGCACGCGAAAGACCAGUAUAAAAGCGAUAUUUUUUAAAAUUAUAAUAAACAAACAUAAAACUAGAAUAAAUAUUACUUAUCUCAAGAUGUCUUUUAAAUGUUUUCGUUUUAUUUUCAACGUUAAUUUCGUUUUAUGUACGAACCAAAGACCAUUUGUAUUUUCAAAACAACAACAAUGAAAAUGGCGGGAAGUUUUCGAACUUCGUAUGUCACUAGCAGGCGUGAAAUAAGGAAAAUACGCGCACCUGGUCCCGGAUGUAGUGACGUAUGAGUUCUACGAGUGUUUUAGUUUCCAGUAAAACACCAUUGUCCAUAUAAUAAAAAGCAAUAUUACAUUUCUUGUGAGAAUCAGACAAAUAUUACACAUGCAAAAAAGGUCGGGUUCGUGGGAGUGCGAUCUUGGUUAGCUGUUAAUGCUUUCCCAACACUAUCAUAUAUUCUAUUUAAGUGAAAACAUAGUUAGAACAGUCAUCAAACCUUUAUUUUGUUAAUAUAGAGCUUGAAAUAUCCUCUGUAACAAUUCGUAACUGUCAACUCCCAUUCUCAUCAUCGAUACUAAUUAAACAACUUGUUUUUAUUUUCAGGCAAAGACUCUUUGAAAAUUUACGUAUGAUUCCGCAUGCUCCCGGCGUUCAGAUGCAACGUGAGUAAAAUACUGUCUGCUCUGAACAGCUGGCCGUUAAUAGGGAUUACGAUAAUAGUAUGACGACAAAUAUAGCUUCGACGUUUCGAGCGAAGGCCCGUCGUCAAAAAUGUAUUUCCUGAUCUUCUCUUUGAUCUUGACCCCACUCAAUGCCCCAAUAACACUCCUAACCCUAACACUUUGGUGACUGUAACUUAACGAUAGAGCCGUUGACUUUAAAUUUUCGGGCUAGAUAAAAAUGGGUAAUACAGUGAUAGCCUAGAAUAAUAUAAUGAGCUGCAGGGGGAACAUUUGUUGAUAUUCAGGUAUACCAAAUAAUUAUAGUUUGGGAAGUAAUAGCAAGACUAAGGAUAAGAGUAAAAUGGAGGAGGUAUUGUAUGAUAAAAAGGGUUUAUAUAGUGAUAACCUAGGAUAAUAUAAUGAUCUGGAGAGGUAUGUUUGUUGAUAUUCAUGUUUAGUAGCCUGUCUGCGUGCAGGCCCAAGGGAACUGAUAGUGGGCCUGCAACCAUCGCCCGGUAUUUUGUAAAACGCCCCUUUUCAUAACACGCCCCAUUCGCGCGUCAAUUGUCAAAAAAGAACCAAUGACAGCAUCCAAAUAUUAACAAACAAACUCGCAUUAAAAUGUUGCGGGGUUUUCUCUGCUUAUUCAGAACACUAAUAAACAAUGUGUAAAUGGCUGCGUUUUAACUCCAAAAAAGCAAGCAACGCAGUCAGUAAUUGCCAAAUUUGCAAGUGCUCAUUUUCAACUAAAAUCGGAACAGGCAAAUUAGGACGAAUUUCAACAGAAAACCAGUCUCAAACUUCAAAUCAUGAGGGAAGUCGUGCGACCACAUUAGGAUUUAUAUUAUGUGUGCUUCGCUGUCGCCAUUGGCAUUGUUAUAAAUAAAUUGUCUCACUUAUCAGAUCGUGUGUGCAAUUCUUGUUGGCGGCGGAAAGUACGAAAUUUAUGUCAUUUAUUUCAUUUGGUAAAGAACUCUACAAAAGAAGAGAGCGUUCCGAGUCCAGAUCUUUUCGUUUCAAACGGCAAUUUAAUACCGCCUUCUGUUUCGCUCUCUCAGCGAAGCCUUGUGAAUCGCAAAGUGUUUCGAAUAGGCUUACAGUCCUUACAUGCAACUGCAUCUCAACAUCAACCAAAAGAUAAUUUUCUUGAGGAAGUGAGAACACAUAACGUAUCAACUGAAGUCUGUUUGAAAUUAAUGAAACUCAAGUUAUCAUAGUUUACCCCAGUCGUAAUUUGCUAUUCCAACACCUCACGACAAGCAAUCCCCAUUGGCAUAACGGCAAAAACAUGUCUUCCUUCAAGUAAACAAUAAACAGUCUGUUCUUGUUCCAUUUGUAAUCGAAAAAAGUGAUCAAUUUUCAAAUUUUAAGCUUAUCGAGAGCCUUUGUCUAUGCCUUUGUGAUGAAUCAUUGUUCCCUUGGGCCUGCAUGCUAGGUUAAUUAAUUACCGAUCGCCUCAGCUAGCCAAUGGGAAUUUAGCCGGCGGUUCGGCCGGCGAAAAUCGAAAACAUGGGGUGAUGAUUGCAGGCCCACUAUCAGUUCCAUUGGGCCUGCACGCAGGCUACAUGUUUAGUGAGUAAUAGCGAGGCUGAGGAGUAGGAAUGAUUUGGAAGGGUUUUGUGGGAUAACCAGGGAUAAUGUAAUGAUAGCAGGGGUAACUAAGACUGAUAUAAUGGGAUAUUUGUUGAUAUUUAGGUAUUCCAGAUGACCAUGUUUUGGGAAAUGAUAGCGAGGCUGAAGAUGAAGAAGAAGAUCGUAAGCCUGACAAAAGAAUCAGCAGUAAGUGAAGUCAUGCCUUGGAGAACAAUUUGAAAAUAUUUGCUAAAAUUAACAUAGUCCAGUACGGAUUUGGGUUUCCAAUAGAACUGCCAACAGCAGGUGUUUUACUUUACAAUAUAUUGUGCGCCGACUGAUACCGCUCCAUGGGGUCCAAAUCACUGAGGACUAUAGUCAUUCAUAUAUGAAUCGAGAAUAUUUUUGUCAGGACUAUGAAUCGAGAAUAUUUUUUUGAAUUUAAGAACAUCAAUGGCUUAAUUUUAAUAUCGCUCCUAUUUCAACACAAUUUGACACAAUACAUCAUUCAGUGUAAUUCACAAUCAAAACUAACAGUAUUUAUUAUUUCUCCUAAAAUGUCAUCAAGUACUUCGCCAGGGUGAUUUUUAUUUUUGAAGAAUAUCAAUAUAUAAUCUGAUAGAUGAGCAACAACAGGACAUUUUGUGGAUUUUUACUUUCGAAUACUGCCUAACAUUAUUUGAAGUAUUGUUCAAAAUAAGGCGGCGUUGGACUGUCUUGUGGUAUAACCAGGCCCGCCGUGAGGGGGAGGGGGCAAAGGGCUAUUUUCCCCGGUACCCCAGAUCGAAUGGGGGAUCCCCAGAGAAAAUGCUACAAAAUGCUUAACUGAUACAAAAUGCUUAAUUGAUACAAAAUGCUUAACUGAGAAUAUAAAUCCUAGCAGCCUUAUUGCCUGACAAUAUGCAAUAAUGUGUGAUAUAUUGUUAACACCGCUUCUCCGUUUUACAAUUAUGACGUCAUAGGAGCACCCCAGGAAAAGUUUUUUCCAGCCCCAUGGAAAAAGCGGCGAAAAACCGCCGGCUUCUAUUGGCCGGCUGUUAUUAUGUUGCACACUGCCAGAGGCUGACCCGACUCGUCAUAUUUGUGCUGCAUUCUUCGUAGUGCGAUAGAGGGUGACUUUCACUCCUUACUUUACCUUGCAGUCAUGGCUUCAGACAAAGAGAUCGCCAAGCCCGAGGAAUACUCGGAUUCCGAGGACGAGGCGGAAGAAGGCGGAGAACGACGACAUGCUAACUCUCAUAAAGACGUCGAACCGACGGUAAAACGUCCAAAACUUGCCGAAAAAACUGACGAUGACGAAGACGCGAAAAAUAAGACGGAAGUUAAGUCAUCCAGUGCGCCGACAUCCAAGAGUGGUUCUCCUAAACCUGGUUCGCCUAAAGUGACUGAGGCCAAGUCUCCUGAUAAACCCGCAAAUACGGAACAAGCGAACGAUUCUAAUACAGACAA